UGUUGAAAUCGCACAAAAAAUCUCAUAAGAGUUUCUCUUCAUGCUUCCUGAAAUUAUGCCGCCAACGCGAGUAUAAUAUAACCAAUGUUAAGUUAAUACAAAAUUAUCAGUACCUAUACCAAUUGGUGGUGCCGAUCGGAAACACUGACCGAGAGGUGACAAACUACAUCCGUUCACCGAAUACAUUUGCUAUCACUUAUCAGCUGACGUGUAUAAUGUAUAUUGAGUAUAUUCAUUUAAGAAUAGGAAACGGUACUGAUUAGAUAAAAGUGCUGAGUCAGUCGUACAAAACAUUUGUCAUUUUUGGAAAACGACGAAUUGAUCGUGAUUCUCUUCGAUUAGACGAAAAUUAGAAGCUGUGGACUGAGUAAAAAUCCACGAAAUGGCAACUAAAGACGUUAAAGAUAUUAAGGACAUUAAGGACGACACCUCUGCCACUUCGUCAAGCAAGUUUUUCACGCGGGCGGAAGUGGCAAAGCAUACCGAACCCAACGAUACAUGGAUCAUUAUUCAUAAUAAUGUUUACAAUGUCACUCCCUUCCUUAAUGAGCAUCCUGGAGGCGAAGAAGUACUUUUGGAACAAGCUGGAAGCGAUGCCUCUGAACCAUUUGAAGAUAUUGGACAUUCAACUGAUGCAAGACAAAUGAUGGAAUCGUAUAAAAUUGGAGAAUUAGUAGAAAAAGAAAGGAAACAAGAUAGUGGAGAAAAAGAUAAAUUUUGGUCUAAUGGAGCUAAUGACGAGGACAAUUCUAGUUCUUGGCGGUCCUGGUUGAUCCCGAUCGCUCUUGGAGUGUUCGCGACCCUCGUCUAUCGCUACUUUAUCAACACACAUUAAGGCGUUCCUACUCGGAUCCCUUUUUUCAUAUUAUUCACUUGUUAAUACAUAUAUAUAUCAAUUAAUAUCAAUCGCUAUAUGAUCAAGUGUUGUACAUUUUAUGCGAAUGUAUAUCGCACACUUAUCAUAAUUGUUUUCUAUGAACCAAAUAGCAUUUUGCUGGCCUAGCAGUCGUAACCAAGAGAAAAUAAGAAAUCGGCCAACGAUGUAUUAUAUUAUAAUAUACAAAUAACGCGCAAUACAAAUAGCGCGCAUUUAUAUGUUUAUAUGUAUACGUUUGUAUACACAUAUUGGUAUAUAUAUGCAUAUAUGUAAUAUAUAGCGUUCGUACGCAACAUUGUUCCCUGCAAAUUGACGAAAUAUAUUAAUUUAAUUCCUUAGAAAGAAGAA